AUGGAUCCACCGGCACAGGAAGAGACAGAAAAGGAACUGUACGAGAUGUUCCUAAAAGAACGUAGCGAUAUUCUCGAAGAAAUCGAGGAAUUCCUAAACAUGGUUUUAUAUUAUUUUUUUGACCUGGAACAAAAAUUGGGUCUUGAAUCAGUCGUCACAGCUGUCAAAGAAAAUUUAAGUUCG